UAUAUAAACCCUUCUUCUCCCUUCUCUUCUUCUUACUGUUCUCUAACCUAAUCUCAUCUCAGCUUUCCAACACAAAACUAAAAUCUUUAUCAAAGUUUCUUAUUACACAACCUAAAAGAGCCCUCUUGUCUUUCUUGAAAAUGUCGGAAGAAUUCUACGAAUCUGACAUCAUUUUCUCCGACAGUUUCUUCCCGACUCGCCGGCGUGACGUCAUGAACGAGAAAGAAAACCGUCCGGUUGGUAUCCAAGAAAACUCCAAAAAUAAACCGAGGCGGAGUAAACCGACGCCGUUACCUUCGCCGGCGGCGUUCUCGACUUCGUUACCGGUGAAUAUACCGGGGAAUGUGAACCGAAGGUACACGGAUGAUGAGGAAUAUUCCGAUGACGGAGGAAGGAAGAUGGUUCCGCCGCAUCUGAUGGUCGGAAGGAGGAUGGAAGGUUGUCAAAUGGCGUUUUCCGUUUGUACUGGUAACGGAAGGACUCUCAAAGGACGGGAUCUUAGCCGGGUUCGUAAUUCGGUUCUCAGGUUAACCGGUUUCUUGGAGGCUUAAAUUCGUUAACCGGAUUUUUUUAAUCAAAAUUUUCGUCUCUUUUUAGCGGAAGAAAUCAACGGUCUUGUAUUGUUGUUAGUUUAACCACUUUGUUGAAAGUGAAAAGGAAAAUGUCUAAAAAAGACAUUUCUUUCCUGUUUAUUAAUUUAAUUUCUUAAUUUGUGUGUUUUCAAAUGUAAUAGGAAACGCAAAAAAAAAUGUUUAUCAGUUUUCAAAAUCAGUUUCAGGUUAAAUUCAGUGUUU